AUGAAGUUUACCGAUCUUCCUCAAGAAUGGGAAUCAGAAAUACUUUCUAGGGUUCCGGCCACGUCUCUAUACCAAUUGCGAUCUACUUGUAGACGAUGGUACGUUUUAUUCAAAGAUAAGAGUUUCAUCGAGGAGAACAUGGGUAAAGCAGCAACGCAGGUGAUCUUAAAGAAAUAUUAUAUUGUUUAUUCAGUUAGCAUCAAUCUCCAAGGAAUCGACAACAGCUUUGAUCCAUCCAUUGAGUUUACUGGUAAACUUGACUCAGAACAUGUCAUGAUAUCUACUAUCUUUCAUUGCAACGGUUUAUUAUUGUGCACUACCAAAGACAAUAGACUCUUUGUUUGGAACCCUUGUACUGGUCAAACCAGAUGGAUACAACCAAAUCUUAAUCGAUAUGAGAAUGACUAUGUUCUAGGAUACGAAAGCAACAACAAAUCUGGCGAUAGCUACAAAAUCUUGAGGACUAGCUAUUAUUACAAUGACCUGAAGGCCGUGGUCGUUGAGUUUGCAAUCUAUGAACUUAAAUCUGAUUCAUGGAGGGUUCUUGAUGAUGUUAGUGAUCAGAACUGGACGAUAGGAAGUCAUGCAGUGUCUUUGAAGGGAAAUACUUAUUGGCUUGCUUGGGAUGAUUAUAAAUUCUUAGUCAGGUUUGAUUUCAAAAGAGAGAGAUUUAAACGUCUUUCUCUUCCCAUUCAGUGUAAUGAUUUCAAUGUGAAAUUCUCUCUCUCAGUUGUUAGAGAAGAGAAACUUUCUGUGUUACUUCAAUGA